AUGGGCUAUCCGUACCCCAUAUCAGCUCAGCCAGUUCCAUUCCCUCAACAUCAGCCAAUCUACCAGUUUUAUCCCAGUGGACCUCCAAUGUACGCUCCUACUCCUAUGCCAUAUCCUCCUCAGCCCGGAAUGCCGACUCCUGGAUACAUGCCACAAGGUUCAUAUCUCCCACAGUCUGCUCCAAAUGCUCCAACGGCUCCUCCAGUUGACUUGAAUGAUAUUCAGCCGGAAGUGGUUACUAGUCGAAUGAAAAAUAUGCAUCUCAGACGAUGA